CCAAACUGUAGAGGACUAUCAAACUCAAAAGCAUUCCUAAACCCACAAAUGGUUAUCUCUCUGCUUUUCCUACCCAUCCUCCUCUCCUACCUUUCACCCACCGCCGCCAACAACCCUUCGCCAGCCAUAUUCCUCUCCGUCUGCGGCCAAAACCAAAGCCAAAAUGCCGAAGCCUUCGACGUCAACUUCGUCGACGCCAUGGAGAAGAUCUACCAGAACAUCACUGUCGCCGGCUUCGCUACUUCCGCCUCCGGCUCAGCACUAACCGUAUUCGGCCUUGGCCAGUGUUUCUCAUACCUGUCCCAUGUAAACUGCCAGCUCUGUUACUCCCAGAGCAGGGUCAAACUUCCCCACUGUCUGCCCGCCACCGCCGGUCGCAUCUAUCUCGAUGGCUGCUUCCUCGAAUACGCAGAUCGCAAUGUCUCCACUCAUUCAGUGGACUCCGCCGAUGCCUUCAACUGCAGCAACACAACCGUUGCUGAACCGCUUCAAACGCGAUUCUCAACACUGACGGCGGAGCUCGUCGGGAAUUUGACGGCGGGGGCCUAUGAGAACAGCUAUUACAUGGUCGGAAGCGUCCAGGUGUCGCCGGAUGUGACGGCUUAUGGGAUGGCGCAGUGUUGGAGGUCAUUGAAUGUUAGUGGUUGCAAAGAAUGUUUGGAGAAAGGGAGACAGGACAUCGUCGGCCGGUGUUUACCUGCCGACGAAGCCAAGGCCAUGAACGCCGGAUGCUUCGUAAGGUACUCUACGGAGCCGUUCUAUUUGACCAAUGGGGCAGGAGGGGAAGGCAACGGUAGUGGGAGUUCUUCUGCUCACCGUAAAGUAAUUAUUGCCGUGACAACUGUUUUGGGGUCGCUGGUGGUUGCUGGGUUAUUUCUCUUGUGGAGGAUGAGAAGAUCCGCAUCUGGUUAUGGAAGAGGUGAUGAGGCUGGUAAUCGUGAGAUUAUUAAAUCCAUCUCAAAAUCUCGUUUAAGUUACAAAUAUGAGGAUUUGAGCAAGGCAACAAACAAUUUUAGUCAGCACAACAAGCUCGGUCAAGGCGGAUAUGGCGCAGUUUAUAAGGGCAUUCUGCCAGAUGGGAAGGAAAUAGCUGUGAAGAGGCUUUUCUUCAACACAACCAAUUGGGUUGAUCAAUUCUUUAGUGAAGUCACUCUCAUUAACCAAGUGCAUCACAAGAACCUUGUAAAGCUUCUGGGUUGCAGCGUUGAAGGACCUGAAAGCCUUGUUGUUUUCGAGUUUCUUAGCAACACUAGCCUUGACCGCUAUUUAUUCGAUUCAUUCAUGAGAACUUCACUAGAUUGGGAAAGAAGAUUCAAUAUAAUUGUUGGCACUGCAGAAGGCUUAGCUUAUCUGCACAGUGCUUCAGCUGUUAGAAUCAUUCAUAGGGACAUCAAAGCCAGCAACAUAUUGUUGGAUGAUAAGUUCAGGCCUAAGAUCUCAGAUUUUGGAUUGGCGAGGUACUUUGCUGAGGAUCAAAGCCAUCUCAGUACUGGCAUAGCAGGAACUUUUGGCUAUAUGGCUCCUGAAUAUAUUAUGCAUGGGCAGCUAACGGAGAAGGCCGACAUCUACAGCUAUGGUGUCGUUGUUCUUGAAAUCCUUACAGGUUGUAAAAAUCAAAGCUCGAUAUCAGCAGAAGGUCAUUCUUUAACUCAACAGAUAUGGAAGCACUACAACUCACAUACACUGAUAAGGAUGCUGGAUCCUAAUCUUCAAGGAACGUGCUCAGAGAUAGAAGCCAUCAAAGCAUUCAAAAUUGGUCUUCUGUGCGUGCAGGCAUCUCCCAGUCUAAGGCCACCAAUGUGGAAGGUCGUCGACAUGCUUACAAGCAGACUGAACGACCUGCCUGAACCAACCCAGCCUCCAUUUCUCCACAUAAAUGGCUCACAUAGCUCACAUAGCCAAAGCCAUGCGUCACAGAGCAGAAGCCAUGGAUCAGAAUCAUCUCAUCUGAAAUCUCCCUCAAUCAAAAGCCCUGAUUUAGAGGAUACCCCAUCAGUAAAUCAGAUUUCAGUUAGUAUUUUUGAGGGGAGAUGAGAAAUUUUGGCCCAUCAUCUGCUUGUCACUUUAUAUACUCUAAGGCUUCGUUUGAGACGACUUUUUUAUGCUUCUUGAAGCAAUUUUCUUUAUACUAAAAAGUUGUUUUAAGAAGCAAUAAAAAAAUCGUCCCAAACAAAGCCUAAAUGUGAUAAUGGAGCUUCCAAAGCAAGAUAGUCGAUGAUUCUUUCUUUUGAUUACCAGUACAAAAUCUUCACAGGAUAUGACUGUUCUCUUCUAGAUUUCUUGUACAUGUACAAACGGAAUAGGAGAUGAUUUUCAAAUGAGAAAUGCUAUACUUAAAAAAAAAAAAAAAAACCUACAUUUAAAUUAGACCAAUAAAAAUUCUCUUCAAGUGAAAGUGCAUGAU